AUGUUCUCUCAGCGUGAGGGGCACGGGUGUUCUCCAGACACUCAUCCACCCGUCAGACCGACUGGGCUUCGUUCUCGAAGCACGACUUCGAAAAUGCCCUCUCAUCUUGGCCAAGCUCAUUCCGAUUCACUCAAUUUGAAGCCGCGCCACGGCGGAGAAACGCCUCCAUCGCCUCCAAAGAUCUUGCCUCUGUUCGCCUCUCCUCGUCCCUCCGACUGCAAAGAGACGAAGAAAACCUGGGUCGGUAGCGCAUCGAAGCGUUUGCGGUUUCCGAAGCUGCGCGAAAAGGUGAGCUUUGCGAAAGAGCAGACACCACCAUCUUCAGAGAAGGAUCAGACACCUAAGAACUCGUCAACACGGAAGCUCAUCAUCGGGCCAAAGACUCGCCUCGCGACUCCAGAUGAACGCCGUCAACCAAACGCGCCAAUUCGUCCGCACCGUCCUAGUCCAAGCCCCAGUCCAACCGACAAACCUCUGCCUAGUCUUCCAGUGGCGACAGUCAAAUACAAAUCCCCUGUGCGCAGAUCUCUCAUCGAUUGCAGUGAACGCCCUCUUCGACGCUCUAUCUCGCCUCCCGAUGGGGGACCACCAAAAGAAGAGGAUUGGCCAUCAAUUCAGCCGUCAAGCAUCUCCGCCACGACUAACCUUAAACCUGACAAGUCCUUGGUAAAACCAAGCUUGGGCGAGAGCAUUAUUGAAGGCAUGCGAGGAUUGAAUCUGGAGGACAAGAAAAAUGAGGCCAACAAGCCACUCACACCAAUUGAGUUUGGCAACUCGUCGCUGAACACAAAAGGCUUCAAAUUCGACACGACGAAAGAUGGCCAUGAUACACCUUCAGACGCGCCAGUCAAUGCUUCUGGACGUCCCUUAUCAUCUAGUCAGCUUCCCAAGCCACGCGACUCUAUGCUGCAAUCACUCUCACGCCAUACUGAUAGCCCUGUUGUGCGACAAACGAAGACCUCGGCCAUGCGACUACAAAACGCAGCGGGCAAGAGGACCUGGAGCUCUGGUGAAAAGAGGGUGGUGGAUGAAGGCACGCUUCCUUCUAUUCAUGAACAGUCACCGUCGCUGAGAAAAUCGAGACAAGUCUCUGGUGUUGGUCCCAUUCGUUCAGCUUCCCGUGGCCGCCAUGGAGUCACAGCUCGUGGAUCGCCUUACACGCUCCCGUCUCGAUCCAAGUCAAGAUCAAAGACUGCAUCUCCAGCCAAUGUCAAUCGAGCGCAAUCUGAUACUCAGUCUAUGGUCAUCUCGGUCGGCUUUUCAGCCGCACAUACAACUGGUACCGGCCCAGAACAUGUAAGAAAGCCCUCUACAGGAAGAGACACUGUUAGGCAUAGCUCUAUUCCAAUUCCCAGCCGCCUGAAAUGCGACCGAGUUAGCACGGGCAGCUCCAAUGUCAACGCCAAGCAACAAACUGCUUCCAACGCCAACUUGAACGGAGAAGCGACAGAUUUUGAAAGCGAGUGCCACCUCGAAUCAUCAGAUACAGCUGGGACGGUCGAUAACCACGAACUAUCCGAUUAUCUCUCAGGCUCUGAUGAUAAGUUCCUGAGUAUCAAAGACGUGCUAUCAGCGCCUGCUACACGAGACGAUGAGUCAGUCGCUGGGAGCAAUUCUUCUAGUGACACGAUCCGCGGCUACGAUGCCUUUGGUGGUUUCCGGGUUAAGCGUCUUGGACAUGGACCGCUUGAAGGACCAACGCUUCGUAUUACGGAUUCAGCACGAGGAAUUCUCCUGGGCGACGAAAAGGCAGCGAGCAGUCCUCCGGCUCCAAAUGAUAGCAACGUCAUUCUCAGACGCAAGAGGAGUGCUCCGGAUCUUGGCCGGCGGCUACAUGCGAUGGAAGACGGUCGACGCAACAGUGCAAUGUUCGAUUUCGAACGUCCAUUGUCCUUUGUUGCGAGAAACAUCACAGACCGCUCAUGUGAGUUCAAAGCACUGGAUGACGACGAGGUCCGAAAACUAAUCGGGGACAAUAACUCCGCGAUAAGCUCGGAACCAGCAGAAUUGCAAGGCAGUGAAGUCGAAUUGCCAGCGCCCACCGACUGCAAGUCCAGUGCGGUCAUUGCGGAAGAGGCGCUAAGGGAAUCAUAUGAGCUCCCAAGAAGUCCAGCUUCAACUCAAUGUGACUGGCCCGGCAAAGACUUUGCUGAAUUCAACUUGUGCUCUAGCCCGACUCGGUCGUCUCCAACAAAGAGCAAGUCAUCCUUCUAUACGGAUGCUGAAGUCAUGAAAGGAUCUGCAAGCGUUAAAUCGGUCUCAUCCAGGCCUUCUACAAUUGUCCUGCGGGCUCCACCGAGCAAGGAGAUUGCACCUUUUCUCUUCCAGGGUCACGAUGCGGAAUGUACCAAACAAGCUAAGCAGAUGCGUGGGGUGGGUAACAAAGUCGCUGCAGCAUCGAGGACGCCGAGCGCAGACUCAAGCACGAACUUUCCACCACGAACCUCGUCGAGAAAGCCAAAACCACCACCAAUCAUUGUCUCUCCACCAAGUCAGCCACCAUCUGCAUACCAGGCUUGCGGGUCGAAUAUCCACGAAGUAGAUCCCGACUCGCUCAAGAAGCCCAAAAAUGUGAAGACCUUCUCUCAAAGCAUCGGCUCCCACACCGAUUCGAUCAAGGCUCGAAGAGCUGCCCACAAACUGGGCCACAGCCCUUCGUCGAGCAGCAAGAAAGUCAUCUCCAACAUCCGAGGUCUUUUCCACAAGCGCUCAGUCGAAUCCCCUGCAGAGUCUAGCGGCUCCAUUCGACGCAAACCUGUGCCCAACGACAAGAUAACCAAUCCGUUGUCAUUGAAUCCUCCAAGUGCGGAGCAAUCUGGCGAAGCUCGCAUGUUCCACUACCCGAACCGAGGGGCACGAAACAUCAUCCGCAACCCGUUCAUCAGUCCCACCACGCCGUUCACCGCGACCGUCAAGCAAUCUCCCGACCCGGGUCUGCACACUGCGAGACAUCCGUCCACCGGUGUACAAGCUCAAUCGUCAAGCGGGACGCUCUCCAAUGCGACGACGCUGACGCACAGCCUUCUUCACCUGGCACAUUCCGAGACCAAUGUUCAGCGCAAGACUCAUCUCAUUAAUAUGAGCAAGUGUAUGGUCGAAGUGGUCAGCGCUGUGAGAGACGCCGAGAAAGCAAUGGAGAAGGCCAAAAUGGAGGCCGCCAGGGCCGAGAUCAGUUGGCUGAAGGUCCAGAAGGAGGUGGGCAGUAUGAUGGAGGCGGUGUCGAAAUUUGACACGCUGGAGCGGAAGGACGCGAAGUAA